UCUUUCUUUUUUAUUUAGUGGUUGGUGUGGACAUCCUCAGUUUUUGACUUUGAUUUUGCUGCCUCAAAGCUGCUUUGAAUUUAUUUUCUUUGUUAAACUUGGCAAUUAUUGUCCAAACUAUUACUAACUACAGAGGAACUCUCUAGUCUGCUACUCUUGCUUGCUCUAUCAUUUUCUGCUAUUAUUACCCAAAUUCCAUUUUCUCCCUUUAUUUUAUUAGUGUGUGAAAGAGAGUUAUGGCAGGAGGUGGGGGAGCUCCAGCACCUAAGAUUGAUGAGCCACAGCCACAUCCACCCAAGGAUCAGCUUCCAAAUGUUUCUUACUGCAUUACGAGUCCUCCUCCAUGGCCUGAGGCCAUACUUCUUGGUUUUCAACAUUAUCUUGUGAUGCUCGGUACAACUGUGCUAAUUCCUACUGCUCUUGUUCCUCAGAUGGGAGGUGGCAAUGAGGAGAAGGCAAAAGUUAUCCAAACACUACUCUUUGUAGCUGGAAUUAACACAUUGCUGCAAACUCUGUUUGGAACUCGAUUGCCUGCAGUAAUUGGAGGGUCUUAUACUUAUGUUCCAACAACAAUCUCUAUUAUUCUUGCUGGCCGGUUCAGUGAUGAACCAGAUCCUAUAGAGAAAUUCAAGAGGAUAAUGCGGGCAACCCAAGGUGCUCUUAUUGUUGCUUCAACUCUUCAAAUAGUACUAGGCUUUAGUGGCCUUUGGCGUAAUGUUGCAAGGUUCUUAUGUCCACUUUCAGCAGUUCCUUUGGUAUCUCUUGUUGGUUUUGGGCUUUAUGAGUUGGGCUUUCCUGGGAUUGCUAAAUGCAUAGAGAUUGGACUGCCAGAGCUUAUAUUGCUAGUAUUUGUUUCACAGUUUGUACCCCAUGUGCUACAUGCAGGAAAACAUGUCUUCGACCGUUUCGCUGUUCUAUUUACAGUUGCAAUUGUAUGGCUAUAUGCUUAUCUGCUCACUGUUGGAGGGGCCUACAACCAUGCUGCACCUAAAACACAGUCAACCUGCCGCACUGAUCGUGCUGGUUUAAUAGAAGCUGCCCCAUGGAUACGAGUUCCAUAUCCAUUUCAAUGGGGAGCACCUUCAUUUGACGCAGGUGAAGCCUUUGCCAUGAUGAUGGCAUCCUUUGUUGCUCUUGUAGAGUCCAGUGGAGGUUAUAUUGCUGUUUAUCGGUAUGCAAGUGCCACACCAUUACCGCCAUCUAUUCUUAGUCGUGGCAUCGGUUGGCAGGGAGUUGCCAUUCUGUUAUCAGGAUUGUUUGGAACUGGCAAUGGAUCCUCUGUAUCUAUAGAAAAUGCUGGUCUUUUGGCUUUGACUCGUGUUGGCAGUCGAAGAGUUGUGCAAAUAUCUGCUGGUUUUAUGAUUUUCUUUUCAAUUCUCGGGAAAUUUGGAGCUGUUUUUGCCUCCAUUCCACCUCCUAUUGUUGCGGCACUGUACUGCUUGUUCUUUGCUUAUGUUGGAGCUGGGGGUCUAAGUUUUCUUCAAUUCUGCAACCUCAACAGUUUUAGAACAAAGUUUGUUCUAGGCUUCUCAAUCUUCUUGGGCUUGUCUGUGUCACAGUACUUCAAUGAGUACACAGCAAUUAAUGGUUUUGGUCCAGUUCACACAGGAGCAAGAUGGUUCAAUGAUAUAAUCAACGUCCCAUUCCAAUCAAAAGCAUUUGUUGCUGGUUGUGUGGCAUAUUUCUUGGACAACACACUACAUAAGAAGGAAGGUGCUAUUCGGAAAGACAGAGGAAAACAUUGGUGGGACAAGUACCGAUCCUUCAAGACUGACACAAGAAGUGAGGAGUUUUAUUCACUGCCUUUCAACCUAAACAAAUACUUCCCAUCUGUGUAACUGUGCAGCUGAGUUAGUAAGGGGGUUUCAUCGAAUAUUGUUUCACAAAAGGCCAUGAUUUGACUUGUAAUAAUAUGAGAUUUGAUCUUAUUACAGGUUAUAGUUAUAUGAAGUCCUCUUUUGCUAUAUAGAAUAUUCUAGAACAUUUGUUUUAUUGCUUUUCAUUCUGUAAAUGCUGACUUGGAAAAUGGAUUCACUGUAACUGUAGUAAAGUGCGCAAUUUAUUUAUCAUUCAUUAUGUUCA